AUGGAUCUUUUCAAGGCACUCAGCGGAAAAACAUCAAGACAAACCCCAGAGAAGAGGGGUCCAGUUAAGUUGGACACAUAUUUCCAAAUCAAGAGUUUUGGAACUGAUUUUAAACGUUUCGAGGCGGAUUUCUCCACGGUGGUAGAGCAGAACCCGUAUUCAUUCAGAACAAAAGGUGUAACCAUCUUGGGAGAGUUGCACCAGGUGACAGAAAUCCGCCUAGUUGCUGAAGAAUCCACUUCUUUUGACCCUGAGCAAAAAAUCAUAAUCGAAAAUGCUCGACAGAAACACGGCGUGACAUCUUUCGGGGCAGGCCCCCAUCCAGAGCAAAAUAGGGUCAUGUUUCAAGUCUAUCACACAUAUGUCACCUUCAACUGGACAAACAUCGAAAUGCCCAAUCCAGCAGUAGGAACUUGCCUUUACGUGGCGGAGAAGGAACGGGUAUUCUUUCCCGGCCCGAAGUUCCCAAUGUCUCAUCUGCUCCGUGGAGAAGGCUCGGAAUUUGACAUGACUUCAGUUCACAAAAUCACUGAUGAUGUUUCUCUUGAACUCAAUGCCGAGUUCCUUCACCAACCGUGGUUUCUUCAGAUGUUGCAUCAUCGCAUAGUACUCCCUGGGAUGUCGAUACCUCAAUUCCUAUCACUAUCACUCCAUCUAGUAGGCGAUCCAAAGACGGACGAUAGAUUUAUGGAGCCCUUUCACAUUUCACAAGUAUGCAUCGAGCUCCAGGAGUUUGUCAGCGUGCGGAAAUAUGGUUGUUCGUUUGAGGAUGUUCGUACAAUGGUAGUCAGCGAUACCAGUCCGAACGAAUUGGCCAGUCUUGCACAACAAGAAGUCGUCGUCCCAGCUGAAUGCUAUGACUGCAAGCUCCCGGAGAUUGGCCCCACUUUUUUUACUAAUGGUUUCACGAGAAGCUAUGGCUUGAAGAUCACGAUGAAGUUGGUUCACAAGAGCAUCCCCGGUAUACUUGCAUCCACAUUCCUUGAGUUGAAUGUAGCAGAAAAGAAAGAGGAACGCAUAAACUUUGAAGAAUGUCCGGGCCAGGAAAUUCGGGAUAUCUACUAUGAUGUUGCGCCUCCUUUGAGUCAAGAGGCGCUAGAGAAACACAUGGCAAAUUAUCAAGAUCAUUUCAUCGACGUGUAA